ACGGCCAAACUAUUGUUUUUACUGGAGGAGGUCCCUGAACGCGGCACGGCCGAACUGUUGUUGUUAGAGGAGGAGGUUCCUGAACGCGGCACGGCUGAACUGUAGUUGUUAGCGGAGGAGGUCCGUGAAGGCAUCAGUGCUGUGUCUGGUGCGGCUGCAGACAGUUAAGAUGCAGACUAUUAAAUGUGUGGUUGUAGGUGAUGGUGCUGUGGGGAAGACCUGCCUCCUCAUCUCAUACACCACCAACAAGUUCCCGUCGGAGUACGUCCCCACGGUGUUCGAUAACUAUGCGGUGACGGUGAUGAUCGGAGGAGAGCCGUACACUCUGGGACUGUUCGACACCGCAGGUCAGGAGGACUACGACCAGCUCCGCCCCCUCAGCUACCCUCAGACCGACGUCUUCCUCGUCUGUUUCUCCGUGGUGUCACCUUCGUCCUUCGAGAACGUCAAAGAGAAGUGGGUUCCAGAGAUCUCCCACCACUGCCCCCAGACCCCCUUCCUGCUGGUGGGGACCCAGAUGGACCUGAGAGACGACACCAACACCCUGGAGAGGCUGGCCAAGAACAAACAGAGAGUCCUGAACUGGGAGAGCGGAGACCGGCUGGGCCGAGACCUGAGGGCCGUCACGUACCUGGAGUGUUCUGCCCUGACCCAGCGUGGUCUGAAGAACGUGUUCGACGAGGCCAUCCUGGCUGCUCUGGAACCUCCAGAAACCAGGACCAGGACACGCUGCCUCCUGCUAUAGGAGAACUGGGAGAACCAGGAUGAACCAGGACCCAGACUGGACCAGGGGGCGGGGUUACUGAGGGGAGGGGCGGGCGUGCAGGUGGAUGAGGUACAUCCAGGUGUGUCCAACCACAGGACGGUGGAGAAGAAUCUGAUUGGUCCA